GGGACUUUUCAAGAUGGAAGCCUAAGAAAUGAUGUAGUGUGAACUGUAAUACAAACCUGUUGAAUGGCUACAAAGAGGCCAGCAGAGGACCAGGGCAAUAGCUCUGGAGAGCCACCAGUGAAGAAAAAACAUGCUACCUUGCAACCAAUCAAUCUUGGAACUGUUGGAAAUCUGGAAGAACUAGAUAAAAAAGUGCUAGCAUUUCAAAACAAGAAGUUAGCUGAGAGAAUUGAACAGAGAAAGAGAGCUGAAGAAGAAUUAAGAAAGAGAAUUGAACAGUUAGAGUUCAGACAGAGAACUGAUGAUGCUGUGUUGAUGAUAGUAAAUCGUUACUGGAAUCAGUUAGAUGAAGAUGUGAGAGUUCUAUUACAGAGGUUUGAUGCAGAAACUGCAGAUGAAGAUGAAACAAAAAAUGAAAGUGAUGAAACAAAAGCAUUCCUUACCCUGCUGUCAACAUGGGACAAACAAGAGUUGGAACAGAAACUUGGACAGAGGGUGGAAUUCUCCAAACGUGCUAUUGGUAAAUUACUGCAAGCUUUUGACAGGCUGCUACAGAGAAAUGAAAAACUCCAUAAGUCUAUACAAGAAAAAGUAGAGAAAGAUGCUAAGGAGGCUCUAGAACUGGGGACAUUGAAGAAAGAUACAGACAUUAAGAAAGAAUCAGAUAUUAAGAAAGAGAAGAAAGAUAUUGACAUUAAAAAGGAAGACAUGAAGACAGAGAAUGACGAUCAGCAAACAGGAGAAGAAAAGAAAAUGGAAAAAGGAGAUGGUGAUGUAAAACCUGAUAUGGAAGGAGCAGGUGAUUCUCAAGGUCAACAGGUAAAAAAGGAAAAACCAGAAGAACCAUCUGAACCCAAAGAUGAAAUGAAUGAAGCAGAAGACAUGUUAUCACUUAGGGAUACAGUCAGUGAUGAAAUGACAGAGUUACAAAAAGAAAAUAAGCGUCUGCAUAGAAUAGUGACAGACUUACACAAGAAACACCAUGAACAUUCAUUACAGGUAACAGAAUCUCAAGACAAGUUGACAGCAGCUGAAACCGAGAUUGCUGAACUGAAUAACAAGAUGGAUGAUUUAGAAUAUAACUUUGAGAAGGCUGAUGAGAGAGCUUUACGUCUAGACAGACAUCUGGCUGAGGCUUUACAGAAGAUACAAAGUUAUGAAGAUACUGGUGUCAUACAGGAAGAGAGUGGAAGGAAAAUUACCGGAGUUUCUAAGAAAAAGUUUGAUGAAAUGUACAAUGAAUUAGAAGAAUUCAAAGAGAUAUCAACCAAUCGUCUGUCAGAACUUGAAAAAUUGACUAGUGAGCAUCAGGAAGCAUUAAAAGAAAUGGAAAAACUAAAAAUGGAUCUUAUGCAUCUUCCAGAGGAAGUUAUCGUAGAUACUACAGAGUAUAAGUGUUUACAGUCUCAGUUCUCUGUGUUGUAUAACGAUGCAUUACAGAUCAGGACAUCAUUGAGUGAGACUAGGAAUCUAUUAAUGACCAGCAAAAAUACACAUCUACGUCAUUUAGAACAGCUUGAGAGUGAUGAAUUAGAUUCCCAGAAAAGAUUGAGAGCAGAAUGUAUACAGUUAGAGGAUGCCUUAGCUCAAGUUAGAAAGGAAUAUGAAAUGUUGAGGAUUGAAUUUGAGCAAACAUUAGCUCAGAAUGAACAAACAGGACCUAUUAAUCAGGAGAUGAGGAAUCUUAUACAAAGUUUACAGAAACAUAACCAACAGUUGAAGGCAGAGUCCAGUAGAAAUAGAAGAAGAUAUAAGGAAACAUUGACAGAACUAAACAAGUUGAAGGCAGAGGUUGCAGCAGCUGAACAAAAAUCAGCAGAAAACAGUGCUAAAAAUUCCCAGAAUACAUCUGGUAUUAAAGAAGGGGAAGGAAUUGCAGCAACGCCAUCUGUACCAAAAACACCAGGAACUCCAACUAAAACAGAUACUCCUGAACUAACAUCUUCUUCUUCUCAAGAUAAAGAUGAUGACAAAGAUGAAUUUGAAUACAGAGAGAAAGGCAAAACUGAUAUAGAAGUUAUAAAAGAAUUGAGAACUCAACUAAAAAUAUCUCAAGCUAGCCAAAGAGAACUUAAGUUGCUGUUAGACAUGUAUAAAAGUGCUCCAAAGGAACAGAGAGAUAAAACACAGCUAAUGGGUGCUGAGAAAAAAUUACGCCAUGAAAAUGAGGAUCUAAAAGUACAAUUAAAAAGGAUGCAGGAAAAUGAAAAGAGAGACAGAAGAAAGCUGGCUGAGGAUGAGGCUAUACUUAAAAUUAUAAAAAUGGAGAAAACUAUUUCUGAGCUAUCAAAGAAUUUGUCUACACAAAAACAGAGAGAGGAAGCCUUAUUAAAUGAGAUGGAAGUUACAGGACAGGCUUUUGAAGAUAUGCAGGAACAGAACUUGAGACUGAUGCAACAGCUGAAAGAAAAAGAUGAUGCUAACUUUAAACUAAUGUCAGAGCGAAUUAAGUCUAAUCAGAUACAGAAGUUAUUAAGGGAAGAAAAAGAAGUUCUGGCAGAACAGGUUGCAACCCUACAAACGCAAGUUGAGGCUCAAAUGUUGGUUGUACGUAAUCUAGAAGAGAAAGAACAAGUUUUACAAAAUGCUUUAUCAACAGCAGAAAAAGAGUUAGGCUUUACCCAACAGUCAAUGGAAAUGCACAAGAGGAAGGCAGUAGAAAGUUCACAGACAGCAGCUGAUUUAAAACUACAUUUAGAUAAAUAUCAAGCACAGCUUAAGGAGGCCCAGGUAUCUGUGGCAGAGAAAACAGGUGCCCUGGAACAACAGUCAUUUAAACGUAAUAGGCUGCAGGAGGAGAUUGCUAAACUUCAACGUAAACUGGAGAGAAGUAAGAAGAUUGAGAUGGCAGGGGCAGCUGAUGAAGUUUUAAUGGCUGAGAUCGCAGAGUAUAAGGAGCAAUUGACAUGUCCAUCAUGUAAAGUAAACAGGAAAGAUGCUGUAUUGACAAAAUGUUUCCAUGUGUUCUGUUUGGAAUGUCUGAAGACCAGAUAUGAAACGAGACAGAGAAAGUGCCCAAAAUGUAAUGCAGGGUUUGGUGCAAAUGAUUACCAUAGACUUUAUAUAAGCUGAUGAAUUUUACAAUAUAAAGCUUCAAAAGUUAGAUUGGAUAUUUGUAAUAGUUUAAGGAAUUGAGAGGAUAAAUCCUUUGGAAAUGAACUAGACUGGAUGGACCAACACCUUUUAUGACUGCACAGUGGAAAAGUGCACAUUGUACUAUCUGUGCAACUGCUAGAAGAUAUGUUCUGCAUUGUUCAACAGUGGAUAUGAUAUUAUCUUUUGAACUGGAGAGUUUCUAUGCUACUAAUUCAGGAGAAGAAUUUUAGGAGUGCAAGAUACAAGUGUAUGCAUUAAGGCUAUUCCGUUAAAACAUACAUGUUCCCCGGGGGUGGCACUAUCGCAAUGGAGUAACCACUUAUAGAGGCAAAUUUAGAGUUUCACUUACAUUUUCACUACAUAUACACCCAUCCAUAGUUGAGAUUUUAAUAUGGGUACCAUGUAUGUUUUUAUGGAACAGCCCUUAGCAGAAAAAGAGGAAAACAAUAUAUUUAUUUCUUUUAUGUUGAUAGAUGCAUUGUAUUGUAGAAUAGUAUUAGCCUUGUGUAGUUAUAUUUUAUUUAAAUUAAAAAAGAACUGUUUUCAAGAUUUUUAGCUUUGUUUGUUAAAUUAUUUCGAUAGGUUUUGAAUUAUUAAAAAUAGCACGAAUAUAUCAGAGUACAGGUUAUUCAUGACAAGAAUUUGUAUUAAAAUUUUAGGAAAAUGAACUAAGCAUAUGAACAUUCAACUACUCAGUCAUCUAUCUGUAUAAUUUUGAUUUUCAGCAAUAAUAACAUAGUUUAUACCAUUUUUCAUUAUACAGAAUUGUUUCUACCAAAUAAACUAGAAAAUCAUCAAUAUUUGUAAAAAGGUGAUAUUAUGUGCAUGCAUAAGUAGUCAGCUGGUCCUUAUAAAUGAAUUUAGCACAUGUGAUUCAACUAUGCUUUAUGGGGAAACUGUUAUACCCUAAUAUUUUGUAUAUUUUAGAAAGUGAUUUCUAUAAAACAAAGUAAAAAUAGGAGAAAGAUUUUCAUCUUCCAAUGUCUUCUUAAGUGCAUCUUGCACACUCCCCAAGGGAAAUUCAUGGGAAACAUUUCUGUUCCUCAUGGUUACUGCUUUUCUCAUUAUUUCCAUUGUAAUAUGUACAUUAUUGUAUGAACUGUUAAAUUUCCCAUUGCAAAUAAAUGUUUUUCAUUGAACUUCCAAACAAAACAUAUUCAUUUCACCAUUUACUUUCAAAAUUCUGAAACAUAUCAUAAAUUUUGACAAAUUCAAUGAUCAAAUGCAUAAAUUUUCAAGCAUGCAAGAAAAAAAAAGAUUUUUUUUUCAUUAUGAAAACCAGUGUGUUUUUGUUUUAUUAAUGUCUGUUGUUAAGAGUUUGUUUAUAUCUGUACAAGAGUUUAGAUGAUUAAGCAAAAGUAUAGAACCUGUACCAUUGAUAGGGGUUUGUGAAAGCAGGAAGAGAUUAGAGAGUAUAAAUGAGUUAUUUAUCUGAUAAUAGGAUGAUAACUUUUGUAUGAAUCAUUCAUUGUACUAUUUACAUUUAUCAUUCUGUUUACAUGUAAACACAAAUACACAUUGUACUGUUUAUAUUCAUACUACAGUUUGUGAAAUAACAUCAAUGUAAUUUACUAAUAAACUUUUAGAAUAAA